UUGUCAAAGAAAUAAAUCAGUGGGCCUCACACUAAUGGCAGCCCUCUUACAUCCAAAUGUUAAACACAUUCAAGAUUUGACUCAAGCGAAGGGGGCGGUCUUUGAUCUCAGCCGUUACUUUUGCCGAAGCAAUCAUCUGAUGUGGCACUAAAACAGCGUCCUCUUGUAAUUUUCCCCUAAUUUCACUUCAUUUCAGUGACACAAAGCUCAUCAUCCCAUGUCAGCUCUAGCAGCCGAACCAAAACAUGUGGAGGGAGUUGAAAACUUGCAUUGAAAGCUGUUUCUGAUGUGAAUAUUACCAUGACCCUCAUAGAAAUGGCUUCUGGGCACAGCUAAUCUAAUUUAAGGUGAGUAAUGUUUCCUGUCAUUAGCGAACGAACACAGUUGGGUCUCUCUGAAGGCUGUGGACCCUCAUCUGCUAGGAGUAAAAUUAGACGCCAAUUAAGGCUGUUUCUCAUCCUUCGUCUGGCAGGUUUAACUUAAUUGAAUCAUUGCCGCGCUCACAUGUGUUGAUGCAGAUUUCCAGUGGAUGUCUGGAAGUCCAAACUUCUCAUAUCCGGUGCAGCGAGCGUGGCAAUAAUGCUCCUUGCAUAAGAGCUUCACAGCUAACCUGUGCAGGUGAGUCAGAUAUGAGUCUGUUUGCAGCUGGUCGACACCGGGGGACUCUGUCCGAGUGACGCACUGCAUUGUGGGUGUCUGUCAGCCGUGUGUUGCUUAGAUACCAUACAUCUGUGGGGUGUUUGGUCUUUCCACAGUCACUAAGGAACCGUGAGCAAAUGACUGGGGUCACGGGGUCACCCCGGUAGACAGGCGGCGUCGACAGACACUAUUAUUACAAAUUUGCAGACAAGCGGUCACUCUCUAAGCCCUGAAGAGGAACUCUUCCCCCUUGGGAGAAAAGGCUGCUAACGCUUUCCGAUUGGAACGUAAUAACAGUUUUUUUUCUUUUCAUCCACCAUUGGGUUUUUUUCCCCCUCUUAGUAAUCGACAUACUUCAUUGUUGUGUGUUUUCUUGCAUCCUCUUGAAGAUCUUAGAAUUUAAUGUGCUAAAAACACACAGCAGUGUGUGGAUCGUCAGGGCUGAAAAUGGGCCAGCCUUGUCUAAAGUGGGGCGCUUUGGUUUAUAAAAAGCUUGUCCGUAUAUGCAGACUUUUACAAGGAAUAGGCAUAUAUUAUUAUAUUUUUUUUUUAUUGAGCUGUUUGGUCAUAUUCAUGAGCAUUAUUGUAAGGCUCUUUGAAAAGAAUAGUGACGGUUUGGGAUUGAUUUGGUAAAAAAUCUGCAACUUUAAAAUAUGUCAUUUUUACUCUGUAAAUUGUAGUUUUUUUUCAUAAAGAACUUCAAAAGGUAAAAAUAGCUUUUAAAAACUACUCAUAAUCUUAUUAAAAAAAAAAAAAUCCACCAGAAUCACUGAUGCAUAUUUCAGGAGUUAAAACUAAAAUAAAAAAUCUCAACUCAAGAGGUUUCCUAUCAAAGCCCUUCCAUCUUUUUAAAUCUGGAUCAGAAGCUGGCAUCAGGUGGGACCCUUGUCUAAAACCUUGACAGCUGAUUGGCUGCUAAAGUAGAUCAGCUCAUUCAGAUGACAACUAAUAAAGGAAAUCCUCAGUUUAGGAGUCCCCUGACACCUGACGCCUGAGACAACCGAGCUGGAAAUGGAUCGGACUGAGUAAGAGGAAGAAAUGUGACGGGGAAUGUUCCAGAUUCCUGAUGGAUUGAUUGAUUAUGGUGGAGGCAUUGAAUUAUUGAACAGAGGUGUCAAACUUGUUGAAGGCUUGUUUUGGAUCAUCUUUUAUGCUGGAGCGGAGGAAAUGAAGCUCUGACAGUUGAUAGACUGUUUCUGAAGCUCAAAUAAAAACAAAUUUGGCUUCAUUUGGACUGAAGAUGUAAACAUAAACAUGAACAUCUACACUGUGUGGCUGAAUGGUCUGAUCUUCCCAAUGGUGAGUAGAGAGGGAGAGGAAAAGAGAAGAGAGAAACUAGGGCACCGUUAUCUGGCCCCCUUUUUUUUACUAACCACCAGGCACAAGGCAGAGAAGGAAAAAGAACAAACCUUGGAGAGCAGAGAGGACUUCAGCAGUGUGACGAAGACGAGGAAACAUCUGGAGUCAACGUCCAAGCUGAAAAAACAGCAGCAACCUUCACUUGUGUCUUUGCAUUAACUCGUGACAUUCGGGCACUUCUGCACCUCCGGCGCUCGCUCACACACAGACACGCCUUCUCCACAAACAUGUUUGAGGAGCAGGUGACGAAGGUUAAGAUAACCUCUGUGGUGAUUGUGGUGGGCAUGUCAGCGAUGCUUGCUGCAGUGGUGACGGACCACUGGGCAGUUCUGAGCCCCCGGGUGGAGAAGCUCAACACCACCUGCGAGGCGGCCCAUUUUGGCCUCUGGAGGCUGUGCAAGAAGACCAUCUUCAUCGUGGAGGAGGACCCUCAGGGCAAAGGAUGCGGCCCCAUCAGCCUACCCGGAGCAAAAAACUGUUCCUACUUCAAACACUUCACAUCGGGAGAGGAAGCAGAAGUUUUUGAAGUGAAGACUCAGAAAGAGUAUAACAUCUCGGCAGCAGCCAUCGCCAUCUUUAGUCUGUUCUUCAUGAUCCUUGGAACGCUUUGUGUCAUCUUCUCCUUUGGGAAGACGCGGGACUACCUGCUCCGGCCUGCUGGGAUGUUUUUUGCCUUCGCAGGCCUUUGCAUCAUCAUCUCCGUUGAGGUAAUGCGGCAGUCUGUCAAGAGAAUGAUUGACAGCGACGAGACCAUUUGGAUUGAAUACUACUACUCUUGGUCAUUCACCUGUGCCUGCGCCUCCUUCAUGCUGCUCAUCCUCGGCGGGGUCGCCCUGCUUCUUAUCUCCAUGCCACACAUGCCUCGGAACCCCUGGGAGACCUGCAUGGACGCCGAGGCGGACACUUUGGAUUAGCCACAGGUGUUCCCGCCAGCACGUCAGGACCACCAGGAUGCUGGAGCCUAUCCCAUCUACUGAAGGGCAAAAGCAGGGGUUCAUCCUGGACAGUGUUUUCCAUUCAUAUUUAUGUUUCAAAAUUAUAUUUUUGUUGCUUUCGAGAUUUUUUUUAAAUGCAUUGCCUAAAAAAUAUAUACAUUGAUUAUACAUGGAUUAUAAAAACUAUGCAUAUUUUGUUGCAGUUUGAAAAAAGGAAAACAUAUCCAAGACAAAUAUCAGAUUUUAUUAUAAAAGUACAUAAUCCAUUAAAGUAUUCUUUUUAUUUUCAAAGUUACUUAAGCACAGCUAUUUGAGCCAUUUACAAUUUUAAUUGUUUUUUAAAGCAAUGUUUGCUUGAAUAUGACUAAUGUCUGCAGCAUAUGUCCAACAUUAGCUGUUUAUGUUGAAUUGAUAUGCAUUAUCAAUACAUUUAUGACUGCUCUAAUGCAAAAAUAGAAAAUAAAAGGCAUUAUCGGUUUUAAAUUACUGCUUUUCUAAUGCAAAAACUAUCAGUAAGAUAGACGAGGCAGCUAUAAAAGUAAUGUCUUUUUUACUGUUAGGAUUUUUAUGCACAGUAGUUUAGUUUAUUUUACUUUUUGCAUAAGUAUGGGUUAUGUAUAGAAAUGCAAUAACGUGGCUUAUUUUUUAUUAUUCCAAGAUAUUACUUUAUUUCUUAUUUUUAGUUCUGACUUUAACAUGGUUUUCUAACAUCUGAACAGUGUUUUUCACUGUGGAGAAUUAUCCAAAUAUUUCUUUACUUUUUAUUGAUUUUUUUGUCAGACAAAAAGAUUCAUGAGAGCAAUCCCUUUCAUGCAGCAACUUGUUAUUGUUCGUCAAAUGAAGCAAUUUUUUCCCUCUGUCACCUUAGCCCUGUAAUCACUCAGACGGUGCAGGUACUGGGAAAUCAAAAACAUAUCAUAAAUACGUCCGUUCGGCAGCAGAAAACAAAGAAACUGUUGUUUGAUGUCAUCAUUUGUGACUCACAAAUGGGUUUUCCAGUGAUCACAAAUUCACCUGUUUGUUAAAGCUGAAGCCAUUAUUUAAUCAAAACAAUUUUACAUGGAAGGAAAGGACAUUUUUUUAAUAGAGUCAAUGCCAGGUCACAAGUUUUUCUUUAAAUUGGGAUUAUGUAUAUAAUUGAAAAGUUAAAAAAAAUUAAGUAAAAGGAAAUUCUUAAAUGACGUGUUGUUAAUAUCCCUUUAAGUGUGAGAAUUUGUAAAACUCCAAUAUGUCUAUAAUCAUAUUUUACAGAGCAAUAAAAUUUGUUUUAAUCAAGAAAAACGUUUUUCUGCUUUUAUUGUACAUUUUUAGUUAACCAUUUUGAAUAAUUUUUUUUUUUAAUAAGUUAAAUUCAAGGUUUUUUGGUGCUGCUGUUACUGACUUUUGCUUGUGCUUGAUGCUACGUGCUGCAGGCUUUUGCUAGGGUAUACUAGUUAGGGUCGACAUGUAAGAGUCCACUGGGAAACCUUGCCAAACCCCCACCAGAGGAGACCAGCAGGUCACAUGGUUUUCUUCAAUUAUGAGCUUAUUUUUAUCCAGAAUGCAUUGGCAAAAAAAAUAAAUAAAAAGACCCAAUGGAGUGUUUUCAGUUUGUCACAAAAAUAUGUUCAGAUUUCUUCAUCAACUGUUCAAUUUAACACUCGUGAUGUGCAUUAAAAGGACAGUUGCACGCCACACAUGGAAGAAGGACGCUUCCUCCUGCCGUCUGUGGCGGUGCUGCGCCUGUGAAGCUGUCGUUUCCUUUCCUUGACCUCUGACUGAGUGCUGUCAAAGCUGCCACUAUUUUCUUCGCACUACAAAACUAUACAAGCAUUUCCAUUCUACUUUGUCCCAAGGAGGGACGAACUGGCACAGAGGUUCAAAAUCACAGCCUGAGAUUUCCAGCAAGUCCUUCAAGAAAAAGGAGAGAAGAUUUGACAGGAUUAAGGACAUUGAGGACGUAGAACUAAAACUGAGUCCAAGAUGACCACG